AGCUGUUCGGGCUUUGAAGCUCUAAAUGAUCCAAAUGCUAUUUGCGGGAUGAUGCCAUGACUGCGCGCGCAACAAAGAGGGAUCGGCUGCCGAGAUUCUACAAAGAUGCGCUGUCAAAGAAACCAAGAGAGUACUGGGAUUACGAGAAGCUCAUAGUCAAAUGGGGCAUUCUGGACGACUACGAAGUGACAAAGAAGAUUGGGCGAGGAAAGUACAGUGAAGUCUUCACAGGAUUCCAUGUGCCAAGCAACAAGAAAUGUGUCAUUAAGAUUCUGAAGCCGGUCAAGAAAAAGAAGAUCAAGCGCGAGAUCAAAAUCCUACAGAAUGUGAGCGCUGGGCCAAACAUUGUGAAGCUUCUGGAUGUGGUGAGGGAUCCCCUCACCAAGACGCCAUGCCUCGUCUUUGAACAUGUGAACAACACAGACUGGAAGACUUUGUAUCCAAAACUUACUCCCUUUGACGUGAAAUUCUACUUAUAUCAAGUUCUCAAGGCUCUGGACUACAGCCACUCUCAGGGUCUCAUGCAUCGUGACGUAAAACCGCACAAUGUCAUGAUUGACCAUGACAAGAGGGAGGUGAGACUCAUAGAUUGGGGCCUUGCCGAAUUUUAUCAUCCACUGAAUGAGUACAACGUCAGGGUCGCCUCUCGACAUUACAAAGGUCCUGAACUUCUAGUUGAUGACAUGCUUUACGAUUAUUCCCUGGACAUGUGGAGCCUGGGUUGUAUGCUGGCAGGGCUCACCUUUCGAAAGGAACCAUUUUUUGCUGGUGCCGACAACGUUGAUCAGCUGUACAAGAUUGCCAGGGUGCUGGGGACAGAUCUUCUCGAAGAGUACUUGGAUGCCUAUGACCUCGAAUUGGAGCUGGAAGUGGAGCAACGUUUGGGGAAGCUCCCUCGCAAGCCAUGGUCUUCCUUCAAGAACAAGGAGAAUGCAGAUCGAUGCUCUCCGGAGGCCCUGGACCUCAUUGACAAGAUGUUGCGAUAUGAUCCUGCAGCACGAAUUCUGCCGAAGGAGGCCAUGGCACAUGCCUUUUUCGAGGAGGUCCGCAAGCAGGACAAGUGAAACAAGUGGAGCGGAUGCACCUGAAAGUUGGACAAAGAGCCCUCAGAAACGAACGUGGGAAAGCGGAAACCAACAUGGCAAAAUAUAA